UCGGCGUCUUCGUUCCUGCAUGAACCUCCAGCCUCGGUGUCGUGAACAUCACAGGUUCCUGGUUUUGCACCUAAAUGGACUCACCGACGCCGAGCCGAGGGUAGAGGCAGGUCACGCGUGACAGGUGAAGGAGCUCUCAUCCACCAUGGGGAACAGAUCAUCAAAGGGUGUGAGCGUGGAGGAGCCUCCUAAAACUACUUUGUUUGAGAGAGAAUCCGAUGGGAUCACAUACAGGAUCCCAGCUCUCCUCUACCUGAGGCACUGCCACACAUUCCUCGCCUUUGCAGAGAAAAGGACCUCCUUUCAAGAUCACAACGCUAAACUUUUGGUUAUGAGAAGAGGAUUGCUCCAGGAGGAUGGAUCUGUUCAGUGGUCCUCCAGUCAGGAGCUUUCUACGGCGAGCCUGCCGAACCACCGCACCAUGAAUCCCUGCCCAGUGUAUGAGAAAAACAGCAAGACGCUCUUCCUGUUUUUCGUCUGCAUCUGGGGAAACACUACAGAGAUGAAGCAGAUUGUGACAGGUAAGAAUAAAGCCCGCCUUUGCUGUGUGAGCAGCAGCGAUGACGGGCAAACCUGGAGCCAAGCCAGGGACCUGACGGAGAGCGUGAUCGGGGAAACCAUACACAAAUGGGCCACCUUCGCCGUGGGGCCGGGCCACGGCGUUCAGAUGGAGAACGGCAGGUUGAUCAUUCCUGCCUAUGCCUACUACGUCCCCUACCGAUGCUGCUCCUACCCCAUUCCUUUUACUGUGUACCCCCGCGCGCUGUCCAUAUACAGCGAGGACUUUGGACAGACAUGGCGUAUCGGCAAAAUGCUGCAGAAGAAGUCGUGUGAGUGUGAAAUGGCAGAGAUUAUCGACCACGAGGGGAGGAGCCACCUUUACUGCAACGCCCGGCACACUGGAGGCCACAGAUGCGAAGCCCUGAGUGAAAACAGCGGCGUCUACUUCGAUAAGCCCCACAUGGCCAGGGAGCUGGUCGAGCAGCCCUCGGGGUGUCAAGGCAGCGUCAUCGGCUUCCCGGCGCCCGAGUUUGUCCCCAACGACGACACAGAGAGCAAAGCCUGCGGCACCUCCCUCCUUUCACCAGACACUCAAACGUGGCUCCUGUUCAUGCACCCCACCAACAAGUCCGACCGGCGGGACAUGGGCGUAUACUUGAACCGAUCCCCCCUGCACUCGUCGGGCUGGGACCGACCCAGGAUCAUCCACAGGGGGCCGAGCGGUUACUCGGACCUGGCCUACAACGUGGACAAGGAUCAGUUCUCCUGCCUGAUGGAGUGCGGGAAGGAAAGCGAACUAGAGCAAAUCGCAUUCCUCACCUUUUCUCUCAAUGAUGUCAUGCAGACGGGCGAUAAGAAAGAUAAAAAGAGUGUCUGAAUUCUGAUAAAUCUCUCCUUAUGUUAUCUCAAAACCAGAGAAAAAAAA